AUGAGCUGUUUUCCAUAUACGUCCAGAGGUUCCGCCCCUUCCGAGUUUGAGAGGUCAGAUUUAACUGAGCACUGGGUAAAUAAUCCCACUCAUUGUGCUAAUAUAGAUUCUACAGGUGGUGGAAAGACACCUGCACCACCUCUGAGAACAACAAGUGCAUCCUUUGGAAGUUCCAUUGAAAAUAUCCCUUUUAAACCAAACAAACCAUUACCGCUUACUCCAUUAGAAGAAGAAAAACGUGAAAAAAAGAGAUGUAAAAGUGGCCGACUUCCAAAGUUCAAAGCCUCUAUUAUGCCAAAUAUUUCAGCGCCAGUUAAUGUUAUGCACAAAGUACACAUAACAAUUGAUCCGGUUACUGGAGAAUUUGAGGGUAUGCCUCCAGAAUGGUCACAUUUGUUAACAAUGGCUGGUAUAACGAAAUGGGAGCAACAACAAAAUCCAACGGUUGUUUUGAAUGUAUUAAAUCUAUUGAGUAAAAAGGAUAACACCCCACAGAAGUACAUGACAAGUAUAAUAGGCCAGCCUAGUGCUCUCGAUAUAUCUUCAAAUGGUCUGAUCAAUAGUUCUAAUGACUUGGAUACUAAUCAAACGGGGUCAUCACUACAGAUAUCGAAUUGUCAUAAAUGCUGUACACCUGAAGCAGAACGUGCUCCUCCUAGUGCUACCUAUAUAACCAGAAGUUCAGGUUUAUGUGAUACAGCGGCUCGAAGCAGCAGUUUAAGCAGUGGUCGGGGAAGUAGUGAAGGUAUUGGUAGUCGCAGUGGAAGUGGGAGUGGUGGUGCUGUUAGUCGAAGUAGCAGCAGUGGUCAUGGAGGUGCUAGUGGUGGUAUCCCAAUGUCAACAAUAGUUCUUGGACCUUCUUGCACCAUCAAUACAACUAUCCCACCGUCGAGUAGUUACAGUAGCUCAGGAAGUCAAAUGUUAAACUAUUCUACAGUUUCCAUUCCUCCUGGGGAUAGUAAUAGUGUCAUUAAUUCAACAUCUGACUGCCAAGUGGUCCCCUCACAACCCACUUUACCUCCAUUAGCACCUGCACUUAAUAGUCAUACGCAUAUAGGAGGAGGGUUGACUACUCAUCAAUCUCCAUCCUAUUUCCACACCAAGACGACAUCUCACCGAGGGGUUAUAGAGUCCGGAAAGUCAGAUAAUGAACCAAGAUCAAUGAUUAUGGAUUCCUGUACCACUGACAGUAUUGUCAGCCGUUGUAUUCCAUCUUCGUAUAUAACUCAAGCAAUUUCCUCUUCAUUCUCGUCUUCCUCCUCUUUGUCCUUCUCCUCGGCUGCCUCUAAUUCUUCAUCAUCUUUACCACAGUCUUCUAAACAAUCUCAACCAGAUAUUAUUAGUCAAAUAAAUCAUAAAAUCCCCUGGAGAUCCAAUAUCCAUCCACAUUUAACUAAUCCACCACCGCCAUUAUCACCUGGUCUGCCUAGACGAUUUGUUGAUGGUAUUCUACCAUCUGAAAGUAUUGUUAAUGCUAUUCAAUAUUGUUCUUCAGGUCAGUCAUCUCCAUCUCCAGCUGGAUCUGCAACUCCUGUACCAACACCACGUCGAGAAUCACUUGCCGGUACACCAUUAUCUCAACGUACAAAAAUCUUAGCAUUAAAUAGUAUAAAUAAUACUGGUGUUGUUGAUGGAAUUGGUAUUUCUAUGCAUAGUAACAGUACAAUGCAUCCACCUCCAAUAGCUACACGUCCAGAGAAAACCAAGUCUAUCUAUACUCAACCAAUUCCAGAAGGUGAUAAUUUCAAAACGAAUUUUAGUAGUACAAUUUUAACCUCAACAUCAAUAUUACCAACAACAUCAAGUAUCUGUUUACAAUCAUAUAGCAGUAUAAUGGUAACUGAUAAUUAUGGAAUUGAUAUAUCAACAAUAAUAAACACUUCUACUAAUAAUUUGAAUGAUGAAGAUGAGAGUAAAGAUAAGAAUUUAUAUGAUUCAUCUUCAAGUACUUUUCAAAUUGACUCUGAAAAUAUUGUUAAACCUUCUAAUCAUAAUGAUAUGCCUUGUUCAAUGAACUCUGAAUCUUGCAUAUUAUCUUCAUUAACUUCGGGAACAGUAAACAUGACUGCUUAUUCUACUUGUAUGCCUAUUUAUCAUCAACAUCAUAUCUUAUCUACUACAACAUCAACAAAUACAACAAUACCAUGUACAUCUAAAUUGACCAAUAAUCAUCAGUAUCAUCAUGAAAUUACGCCAAAAAUUACCAGUACUACUACUAAUACUACUAAUACUAUUACUACUACUACUACUACUACGAAUACUGACAAUAACACCAAUAAUAAUCAGACAUUUGGUACACUAGAACGUGGUAAUGUAAAUAAAAAGUGUAAAUCCAGGGUAACCGAUGAAAUGAUACAAGAAAAAUUGAGAAUGAUUGUUAGUAUUGGUGAUCCGAAUAGAAAAUAUCAACGAAUAGAAAAGAUUGGUCAAGGAGCAUCUGGUGUAGUAUACAGUGGGAUAGAAUCAGCGACUGGUUGUCGUGUUGCAAUUAAACAGAUGAAUUUAAAGAAACAACCUAAAAAAGAAUUAAUUGUAAAUGAGAUUUAUGUAAUGAAGGUGAAAAAACAUCCAAAUGUUGUAAACUAUUUAGAUAGUUAUUUGGUUGGCGAUGAAUUAUGGGUAGUUAUGGAGUAUUUAGAUGGUGGUUCACUGACUGAAGUUGUCACUGAAACAUUAAUGGAUGAAGGACAAAUUGCAGCUGUUUGCAGAGAGUGUUUACAAGCAUUGGAGUUUCUACACAAAAAUCAUGUGAUUCAUCGUGAUAUUAAAUCAGACAAUAUAUUAUUAGGCUUAGAUGGUUCUGUAAAAUUGACAGAUUUCGGUUUCUGUGCUCAGCUUAGCUCAGAACAGACUAAACGAUCUACAAUGGUAGGUACACCCUAUUGGAUGGCACCAGAGGUUGUAACACGUAAACAAUAUGGACCAAAAGUUGAUAUUUGGUCACUUGGUAUUAUGGCUAUUGAAAUGAUUGAUGGAGAACCACCGUAUUUAAAUGAAAAUCCUGUUCGAGCUCUUUAUUUGAUUGGUACAAAUGGUAAACCAGAGAUUAAGGAACGGGAUAAAUUAAGCUCAGAUUUUUCAGAUUUCUUAGAUCGAUGCCUUGAAGUGAAUGUGGAUUUACGUGCAUCUGCAUAUGAAUUACUCAAGCAUCCAUUUAUUGUUCGACGUGCUAAACCAUUAUCUUCGUUAACACCGCUUAUUUUAGUCGCUAGAGAUCAGGCUAGAAAUCAAACAUAA